UCGCGUUCUGACCGUCGUGGUGUAAAGAAGUCGUUCCGCAAAGUAAAUCCUUUCCGCGGGCAGUGAAAGUGCACAGUGGCUUUGUGGCUAGUGCGCACGCAGAUUAGCGUUCAGUGCUAUCGUGUCGUGCAAGUGAAUGCAAUUUGGCGUGCUGAUUUGGGUGAUGUGACGUAACUGGUUUUAAAUUUCAAAGAGAGUACGAAAAAUAAGGAUUGUUUCUUUAUCAAUUUUUCAGUCAAUUUUUAAAAAAACGCAGAACCCGUUCGUUCACAUCAAACCAGCAGCGACGUGAUCUCAGCAAAACUCUCCGCGGUCAUCAGUUCGUCAACGUUCUGGCUAAGAAGGUGCGCACAAAGGCCAAAGGUUCUUCGAGAGGAACGGAUUACCAGUGUGUGCGCCCGUUGACCGUUGAUGAGUUCAAAUUGAAAAUUGUUCUCAUCAUUCAAUUGUGUGUGCUUUAUUGUGCGGAGAAAACACCACUACCAGUGAGAGGAGAAAAAGAAGCAGUCGUUGAAAUUUCAUAGAAUUGAAUAGCUCGACGACGGAGACACAACGCAGAAGAUAUUAUAUCCGAACAAGUGUGCAUUGUGGUGUUGGUAGUGAUGCAUAAGAUCCAACCCGGCAAGAAGCUGCAAAGGUCUUAAGUGCUGACAAUUGAAAUUGUUUGCUUGUGUGAGUUUUGUGAGUGAGAAGAAGUGUACGAAUAUCACUGUCUGAAAGUGGUUUGAGUUGGUUGAUAAGGCAGAAAAUAUUAAUGGAAAGAUAAAAGUGGUACGAUAAGGUGAGGGAAGUGUGCCACUGACAAAAGUGUCAGAUCGCAAAAAGAAAAGAAAUAAAAAAAAGGAAAACGAAAAACAAACAGAGGAAAAAAGUAGUUCAGUGGUCAUAAAAAAGAUAAAAGAAAAAAAAAAUUGAAUGAGAGCAAAAUCCACUUCCACGUGUGGCUGUGAACAAGUGUUUGCCCAAGCAUCGUACUCGUCGUCGUUUGUGGGAGAGUAAUCUGCCACAUCUUGUCAAAGGAUUACUUCCGGUCAUAACUUCCCCCUUCCGAGGAAGAAUCACACUCACACACAGCGUCAGUGGGAGGUCGUUGAGAAGAAAAAUCGUUUUGACAAGCCAUACUACACACUAGUAUAGUAGCUCAAACAAGUUGCCGGUGGCCGGUUAUAAAGGAAAAUCACCACAAAAGUACCAGGAGGGGUUGAGGCAGCAGAACUCAACUCAGCUGGAACGAGAAAAAAGUGCUCCUGAAGGGAAGAGAGAGAGAGAGAGUAGUUACGGACAAACAAACGACGCCGGUCAACGGCACCCUAAGGAACCUCCUCCACCGUGGCGAAUAAUGCACCAUAACCAUGCCGGGGCCAUCAUCUACAAAGCCAUCGUUGCCGUCGUCUGCAUCACCGAGUGCCUGUGCCUGCUCCUCCCAGAGGCAUCGGCCAUCCCGACCAACCUGGAACCGGCCAAGGAUGGAAUAGUGUACCAGCCGAAGAACAAAACGGAGAAAUGCACCGGGCCGGGCCUGCCGGGACCGUGCCAGGGCUUCGGGGACCGGUACCGGUACGACCAGACGAUCAACAACUGCACCGUCUUCAUCUGGGGUGGCUGCGGGGGCAAUCUGCAGAACAAUUUUGAAACGUACGAGCAGUGCAUGCAACAGUGCACUAAUGAGACACAAACCCAACCCCCGGCGCCACAGCUGACGCUCACGUCCAGCCCCUCGCCGAGCACGACCCCACCCCAGGAGAGCAUCACGCAGCAGUUCUCGUCGGUCAGCACGGUGUCACCGGUGCCGGACGAGCUGCGGGGGUCCGAGCUCACGUUCAAGGAAACGGGCUACGAGAAAACGUUCAUGUUUGCCAAGAACAACACGUUCAUCCAGAUGGACGGCGACACCAUCCAAACGUUUCAGCUAAGAUUAUGCCGUGAAAUAUCAUUCCAAUUCCGGACCCGUCUGCCGCACGGACUGCUGGUGUACCACAACGUCAAGACCCCGGCCGGCAUCAAGCUCGAUCCGUACGCGCUGUACGUCAUCGUCGAGAAGGGUCAGCUGAAGGUGGUGCACGUGUUCGGGAAUCACUCGACCAGUGUGACCGUCGGCGAGGGCCUCAACCGAGACGAGUGGCACAGUGUCAUGGUCCGCAUCGACGUCCACGGCGCCCGGCUGAUAGCUCGUGUCGAUAAUCACAAGGAGGAAGUGUACCUGAAGGGACUCAAUCACGAAACCAACUACGGCGUCUCGAUCAAUCUGAUGUCGGUCGUGCUGGUCGGUGGUCUCAGCUCGGAGGAGAAGCUGCACGGGGUCAAGUACAUCAUCGAGUCCUUUGUCGGGUGCAUCCGGAACGUGGUGCUGAGCUCGGGCAAGGCCGCGUCCGACCUGUUGCCCAUUACGCCGCUGAUUGCGACCAAGCACGAGAACGUCAAGGAGGGCUGCCGGAACAUGUGCCACACGCGGCAGAACCUGUGCUUCAAGGGGUCGCGCUGCAUCAACCACUACUACGACAUCUCGUGCGACUGUUUUGGGACCAAAUACGAGGGCGAGCACUGCGAUAUCUACACCGCAACAGUAUUGACGCUGCGUGGCUCCAGCUACGUGUCGUACCGAAUCUACGACUGGAAGGACCGCAUCCACUCGUCCGUCACCCGGAUCAGCAUGAUGUUCAAGACGAACUACGACGACUCGGCGCUGUUCUACGCCAGCGGCGAAUCGCUCAAGCCGCAGUACAUUGCGGCGUCGGUCAAGAACCACUCGGCCUACAUCGAGAUGGACUUUGGCGACGGCGUCAUGACGGCCGUCCUCGGGCAGGACCUGACCAAGCACUACUGGCACAACCUGACCAUCUUCCACGACCGGAACCAGGUUACGGCCAUUCUGGACGACCACUUGAAGAUAAUGGAGAUCCCAGGGGAGGUGCACAAUCUGCUGUUCGAUCCGGAGAUUUACUUCGGAGGUGGCCCAAAUCUGUCCAAGCGAAAGGGACUGGCCUCGAACAACAACUUUGUCGGCUCGCUCAAGUACGUCUUCUACAACGACAUUUCGGUGCUGUUCGAGCUGAAGAAGGGCAACCCGAAGGUGCACUACAUUGGCGUCCUGGAGGAGGAGUUCACCGAGGCCGAGGUGAACGUCAUCCCAAUCACGUUCUCGUACGCCAAGUCCCACAUCUGGUGGCCCAUGAGCAACGUCCACACGCUGGACCUGAAGUUCGACUUCAAGAGCAGCAAGGCUACGGCGGUGCUGGCGUACAGUGAGGUCAAAACCAGCGAGGGACUCGGAUUCUGGGAGAUCCGCCUCGCCACGGACCGACUCAGCUUCGAGCUGUGCCCGGACGUCACGAGCAACAUCACCCACAGCACGUACAUCCGGAUCGACAACCCGACGUCGUGGCACGCGAUCCACCUGACGUACGAGCACAACGAGAUCAAGUUCGUGGUGGACUUCCGGCACGAGGUGACCCAGCUGUACGGACUGUCGUUCAACGUCGGCGAUAAGCUGAUCAUCGGAAGUAGCUUGAAGGCGGCGGCUUCCGGGUUGGUCGGAUGCUUGCGGGACUUGAAGAUCAACGGGGUUGAGAUCGAACCGAGAUUUUUGGUCAAGAGUGAGCGAGUUGUUGGGGAUGUGUCGUUGGAUAACUGCAAGUACGUGGAUCCUUGUAAGAAACCGAAUACUUGUGAGCACGGUGGGAAGUGCUCGGUGAAGGACGACGGGAUUCAGUGUGAGUGCAAGGACACUGGGUAUGUGGGGAAGAACUGUCACUUUACCAAGUUCAGGAAGACUUGCGAGGAGUUGGCAUUGCUGGGGUACUCCAAGUCGGACGUCUACUCGAUUGAUAUUGAUGGUAAUGGGGUGUUUCCACCGGCGCGGGUCAAGUGUGACUUCCAGAGUUUGGCCAAUGCCACGAAGACGAUAGUGGAACACAAUCUGCCAUCGCAGGUGGAUGUUCGUUCGUACAAGGAUGAGGACUUUAGCUUCCACAUUCAGUAUCGGGAGUUUAGCGCAGCGAUGCUGCAGGAACUCAUUUCGCACUCUCUGUACUGCACACAGUACAUCAAGUACGACUGCAUCAAGGCUCCGCUGGAACUGCACUCUGCAACGUGGUUCAAGUCUUCAAGCAACAACAAUACCGUGGACUCGCUAGGGGAGGUUAAGAGAGGAACCUGUCCCUGUGCGUUGAAGGAUAGCUGCGAAGGAUCCAAGCAUAGCUGCAGCUGUGAUGCUAAUGUGAAUCGAUGGGUAUCGGACGAGGGUUACUUCAAGGAACCUCCAAACCUCGGUAUCACUCAGAUGUACUUCCUGCAACAGAAGGAAAUGUUGGACGAGGAAUCGCAGGGUCGUAUUACGCUGGGUCCGCUGGAGUGUGUUGAAACUAACACUCAAAAGUACGUCGUCACCUUCACCACGUCUCAGUCCUUCAUCGAGGUGCCCGGCUGGCGCAAAGGCGACAUCGCGUUCUCGUUCCGGACCACCGGCGAAAAGGCGAUCCUCCUGUUCCAACCCCCGAUCCGCUCCAACUACCCGUCCUUCAUGGUGGCCCUGACCGGGGACUACCAGCUGACGUUCAACUUUACCCUCAACACGGGCACGCCCAAAACCCUCGUAAUCGACACCAACCGCAAACUGAACGGUGGUGAGUGGCACAAGAUCUGGAUCGAUUACAACGAACACCACGUGCGCUUCAUGAUCAACACCGACACGCGGAUGGUGGACCUGCAGCCGGAGGAGGAGUUCGGGCCGUUCGAGGGCAGCAUGUUUAUUGGAGGGGCACCCACUGAAAUCUCCAAAAAGUACACCGUCAAGCAGGGCCUGAUUGGGUGCUUCCGCGGGUUGGUCGUCAACGGGGAGAUUCUGGACAUUUACAGCUUCAUGUCGGUGCACCUAUCCGAGAUCAUCAAGGACUGCAAACCGUCGUGUGUGCCGAAUCCAUGCAAGAAUGGCGCGUACUGCCGGGAGCUGUGGAGUACGUUUGAGUGCGUGUGCAAGAACCGGUGGGCCCAUCUGGGACAGCACUGUGAAACGAAUGUCAACGAGGACGCGCUGACGUUCAUCGCGCGCGAGUCCUACCUGAAGCGUAACUACAUCAGCGACACCGAGGAGGAACGCGUCGAGCGGGAGAAGCUUCUGGGCAUAUUAAAUUCUUCGCUGCUCAUAAAUCUGCGCACCUACGACAAGCACGCGUUCGUGCUGUACGCCAACGAUCACCACAACAACUUCAUCCAUCUGUACCUGACGAACGCCAACCAGGUGGUGUAUCUGUACAACCACGGCAGCGACAUCGUCAACCUGACGCUGGAACACCCGGCGUUGCAUGCCGGCCGUAGCAUCCAGGUCGCCAUCGUACGGACGGAAACGAACACGACGCUGUACGUGAACGAGCGGAACGUAACGAUUGAGCGGGGCUUCCUGCUGCUCGAUGAGUACUCGAACAAACCGUGGACCAAUCCGGAGAUGGAGGUCCUGUCCCCGCACCGACCGCCAGCCCGGCCCACCGAAUACUUCCAGUUCAACAUCGGUGGGUACGACCCGGCGAACCUGCUCCGCCCCAACCCGGACGUCGAAGAGCUGCAGGGCUACAUUGGGUGCAUCCGAGGACUCAAGAUUGGCGACCACCUGAUUUCGCUCAAGAACAUGUCGCUGCAGAACAACGCCCACGUGACAAACGGCGUGCUGGACGACUGCCAGAUGAAGUGCGACGCGGAACCGUGCAAGAAUGGUGGCAUCUGCACGGAAAACUUUGUCAAACAGGAGAGCACCUGCAACUGCGAACACACCAGCUUCCUCGGUGAGUUCUGCUCGGAGGAGAAGGGUGCCAGCUUCAGCGGCGAGGCGACCCUGCAGCGGAAGAUGGUCCUGGCGGAACGGGUUGACCGGGUGCGCCUCCAACUGGCCUUCUCGAGCAACGACAUGCGCCGGGCGAACCGGGUCAUGUUGCUGCUCCAGUCGAAGAACGACCGCAGCUACUACCUGAUGGUGGCCAUCACCCAGGACAACCAUCUGCACAUCGAGGAGGACCGCGAGGGCGCCACCUACGAGGCCCGUAUCGAGCAGAACUUUAUGGACGACGCUCGGCAUUCGAUCUACUACUCGCGGAACGGAGACGACAGCUCACUGCUCGUUGACCGCGUGGAGAUUCCAAUCAAACAGACGCAGUCGAAAGCGCUCGUCCAGGUGCAGGACCCCGGGGCGAACCACGUCCAGGUCGGUGGGGUCAACACGACGGAUCCGCGCUUCGCCGUGUACAAGAGCUACGACGGGUGCUUGUCGAACAUCUUCAUCCAGGUGAACAACGACACGAUGAAACCACUGGAGGAGUACAUGCUGUUCACGAAGGCCGAGGCGGAGAUGAUCCACGUGAUCAACUCGCAGGGCGUCCGGUCGGCCCAGUGCAAACAGUUCGACGUGAUGCCGAAGCUGACCGCGUUCAACGAACCAAUGCACAUGAACAUGACUUCGAGUAUCGACAAAACCUGGGUCGUAGACGCCCCGGUCCGAGUUCCGUACGAAGCCAUCAACGUGAACCAGUCCAAGGAGGAGGACAAAACGCAGGUCGUGUUCAUCGCGCUCACGUCGGUCUUUGUAAUUAUCGUGGUGUGCUGCCUGAUCGAGGUGUACCGCUCCGAUCGGGAGUACAAGAAGCGGCUGGAGCGGCAAACCGACGAAGAUAUCAUCCUGUCGAAGGAGCAAGCGGCCAAGAUGCACUUUGAGUCGGCGAACGCCGCCAACGCAACCAAGGGAUUCAACUACAAGGCGGUUGCUCUUGACGAGAAAAAGGAAAACGGUUCAACGAAGCCGUUGGUUGGUAUUUUGAAGAAUGGUAAUGCAACUCCUCCGGCCAACGGGGACACCGUCCAGAAGAGUCCGGAGCUGGUUCCUAGUGAAAGUCAGCUACAACUGCUCAGUGGAAUUCGAGACAGUCAACUGAUGGACCACGAACCGCAGUGGGAAUCGCUGAACGCUGAGGAGACCGACGCGCUAGUUCCAAAUUCCCCCGACACGAACGGUGGACCGGACACAACGAUGGCCAACGGCGGUGGCACCACCAACGGAACCUCCGGCCAUCACUCGGACGACCACUCGGACAGUGAUGCCGAGCUCGGAGAUCAGCCGGUGAAGGAAUCGGCUACGGCCAAACCCAGCACCCGCAAGCCCCCGAAACUGGUUCUGUUUGCCGACUCGCCGACUCAACUGAACAAUCACGAUCCGGCAACCGUCCCAUCCACGCCCCUUCCGCUGGCCACGUCCACACCCCUGACCAACGGUCUCCGGCCACGGGGAGCCCGUCAGGUGUCCUGGGGACCUCCGCCACCGGCCAUGGCCAGCGUGAACCAGCUGCCGUACAAAAUCGACGAAACGCCCGAAUCACCGGCGUAGAAGCUCAUUUCUAACAUGCUUUGCUGGUGGUAGUGAGAUAUUUGUAAAUGUUUGGGUAAGGUUGUUGUGUGUGUGUGUGCGUAUUUGUGUGUUGCUGUGAUCUCUUUGUAGUUCCAUCCGAGUAGGCGGCACGUACGUGCCUUCGCACGUGGUCAUAAAAUGGUUUUAUGAAGACAUCGGGGUGGUUGAUGCUCAUCUGUGUUUGUGCUUUACUUUUAGUUUUUAGUUACGUUAUGAAUACAAAGCCCCAGGAUUAGGAAAAAACCAAAACAAAACAUCAAAUAAAGAAGAUUUGUAAACAACAUCCACCA